AUGACUGAUACAGAAAGUGACAUCACAGACGAUCGCAAUACCAAAAACCAUGAUGGAAGGAGAGCAAAACGUAAUUUUCGACCAAAGAGAGGAAGAAAAAGUACUCCUACGAAAGAGGUUUGCCAAAAAAUUGCUUCAAAUAAGACUUCUCAAGCGAGCAAGAAUGUAAAUCCUCCCCCCUCAGGAAAAAAGGGCAUUAAAAACCUAGCCAGUUCGUAUCGGACUCCAAAUUCUGAGAACACUAGCACAUUACUGAGUAUCCAGCAAAGAGAAAUCGAUGAGAUGGAACAUUCAUUUGGAAGCAAACGCAUCAAAUUAUUUAAGAAGGGCAAAAAUGUCAAGUCAUUCGGCCUGGUUAUACCUAAUAUAUUGGAACAAAAAUCUAUUACAUUUAUCGUGCACAUACCGCACAAUUACCCGCAGAGCCCAAUUAAAAUUGGAGCUAAGCCCCUCAGUAUGGCCGAUGUAGACAAACCCCUGCUUUCAAAUACACAGCAACGGUGCCUACUUCGAAUCGUGAAUAACUUCAACAUUAAAGCACGCGAGCUGAAUUCCAAAAGUGAGCCUCUCGCAAUGCAACUCAACUACUUGAUGAAUGAAUGGCCUUCACUCGGGGCAUUUAAUUUUAAACAGAACGAUGAACUACAUAAAUCUUUUUUGAGCCAAUUCUUCGAGUAA